UAAACCUAAAUAAAGGAAAAAAAAAAAAGAAAAAGAAGAAAAGGAAAAGCAUUCACAAAUCGUCGAUCGGAGAAGAUGACGUCUCCGUUUCGUUUAGAAUCUCCGACUGCCGAGUCUUUCCGUGGGCAGAUGGACUCUUGGUGUCGUGGGCAGAUGGACUAUUGGGAACAAGUGAGAGAAGCUGGGUUUUUUGAUUUGGAGGAAAUCUCAGUACCACAAGGUACAACUGGAUUGAUGCCUUUCUACUGUGAUAUUAAUUAUCCUCAUCCUGUCUUGGUUAAGCGUUAUGCUAGAUUGGGGCUUGAUCGUUACAACAUGUCCCAUGGGACAAAUUUGCAGCUCCACCACCUAAAGAAGUUCAACAAGACAAUGAAUUGUCAGGCCAGUUACUACAUUACUUUGGCUGCUUGCGAUCCAGCAAGCAUUGAUCCUGCUUCACUCGUUACACUUGAGGUUGGAGUUGCUGAAGGUAGCAGUGACCGUUGCAGUUUGAAUUUGUCGUGCUUAUUGCUAAGCCUCAAGGGACCCCGACAGACCUCCUUCGUUGUUCUGGAAUGGUGGAUGAUGAUAAAGUCCAAUUGCCUUGUUGGCCGUCAGAUUUCAAUGAUACUCAACGAUUUUACGAGGCCUGGACUUUUUGGGAAUGAAGUUUCCAGGGUGCUUGGUGGUGGCCUUGCCCCAGGUUCUCUGAUUUUGAUUGGUGGUGACCCUGGUAUUGGCAAGAGUACCUUGUUAUUGCAGGUUAGGAGAUGUGCUUUAAUUAGUUGUCUUCCCCUUUGCAAAUGUUUGCUGGAGGGAGUGAAGUGGCCGAACCAGCACCAGUCUUGUAUAUCUCUGGUGAAGAGAGUGUGGAGCAAAUAGGAAGUCGGGCUGACAGGAUGAAAAUUCAAACUGAAGAGCUCUACCUGUUUUCGAGCUCUGAUCUUUAGGACAUUCUAAACAAAGCUCAUCGGCUAUCUCCCCGAGCAUUGACUCAAUUCAAACAGUUUACCUAAAAGAAGUGACUGGCAGUGCUGGUGGUCUCACACAGAGGAAGACGGGGCUCGAGCAUUCUCUUUUUCUUCGCAGAUGCUUUUCCCGUAUCUCAUCUUUUAAUCUGCUGAAAAGGAUACUUUCUUGGAAAUCUCUGAUGGUGGCAGGUUCAAGAGUGCACAUCCACCCUGUGGCGUUUUGCUAAGAAAUCUAAUGUCCCAGAAGCACCAUCCUUCCAAUUCCUUCCUUCAAUAUCUGGUGUUUGAUCUGGAUCAGAUCUUUUAUGCACGUCACUUUCUGUUUUAGGUUGGACAGGUUACGAAAGCGGGAGAUAUUGUUUUGGAGCACAUAGUAGAUGUGGUCUUGUACUUGGAGGUGCUUUUGUAUUUUCUGUUGUCUUUAGAUAUGCAAUCAGGAUAUCCUCUUCAAUAAGUGGCGCUCUGUAGUUCUAACUGAAUACUUUGGGUUUGUUUCUAUUAGCUGGAUAACUUUUUUUCUAGACUAGAGCAAUUUUAUGAGCUUAAUUUGUUAGAAAAUAUAACAGAAGAUGAUUUGUUACAUGUAUUUUACGUAAAAAAUUCAGGGUGAAGAAAUCCCUGAUAGUAUGCCUUUAUUCUUUA